CACUUCCUUCCUGCCCGGAGAGCAGUCACAGACAGACACACACUGGGCUGUGAACCAACCAGUCGCUGCAAAGAGAGAGAGAGAGAUCGGAAAAUAUCACAGCUCAGCCGAGGUCAACACACACUCCCUGCUGAGAGCAGAGUGGGCUGCAGCCUCCCAGCCUUGGAGCUCAACUCAACAGGCUAUUAACAAUUUCAUUUCAACUUGAGGAAAGCGGCAAGUGUCUGGAGGGGGUGGCUCCUGCAAUCCAGCCCCCCCCCGUCUCUCUGUGAAGUCAAGUCGUGCGGUUUGCUGUGAGUGUGCUUUUAAUUGCUGCCCCGUAUGGACUUGUGUUACUGCAAGAGUUUUUCCCGUGGCUGAAAAAGGCAGUGGGCUGGGACCGCAUUAGGAGGGUCCCCAUGCUACUCUGAGUGUUGGAUUCCGGACUGGGAACUGCAAAGAUUCCUCCUGGAUCCUGAAUGUGACCAAGUGUGCAGCCCCUGAGGUGUUUGUGUGUGUGUGUUGUUCUGGGGUUACUGGAGAGUUUAAGGCCAGCUUCUCUCCCUCCCACAUCCACACAAGGCACUGGCUUCAUCAAGAGUGGUUUCACCCCGCAGACUGGCACCGGUUUAACUGUGAGGCAAGGAGGGGCAAAGAGGGUCUCAGAAGAGGAUGGUUCUUCAAGCACUGGGCAUUCGGAAUCUGCCCAGGUGCCAUUUGGAUUUGCAGAGACUCUGCAGUGCAUUGUAGGGAACUGGAGAGGGCACUUAACGGGACACAUUGACAUUGCCACCACCAGCGCUCAGGGACUCUCAGUUCACCCUGCCUCCUGAAUCUCCGUGCCCACCUCCCACUCACUCGCCCAGAUCUGAGAGAGGGGUCAUGUUCUGAAUAGCUACCCACCAGUGGAUUCAUUGGCAAUGCCCAGAUAGAUUUCUUAACCUUGGCGAGGUGGGACAGCCAGUUCCUGGCAGGGGAGGGGAGGUGGGCACCAGUGAGUUUGAGGCUGGAUGUCAAUGCCCCCCAAUACCCAGGGUGCUUGCCCGGCCUCCCGCACUGCCAGCUGCUGAUGCUAUGGCUGCUUGCACCUUGAUCAGCCUGGGCAGAAUGAGCAACGACGUCAAGACAGACUGUCCCCAUCGAACUCCCAGGCUGGCGCUGAAGGUGCCUGAGAGACACGUCUCGCGUUGCCAUGUGCGCCUGGCACCGAGCCCUGGGGUGAAUGGCGGGCGUGGGCUCUCGCCGGCUCGGUCCAGUGAGGACCUGCGAGUGCGCAGCCGAUCCCCAGGGCCAGCCCUUCCUCUGGAGGGAAUGUCCAGCUCCCCCCUCAGCCCCUUUCCACAGGGCAAACAGGAGUGCGGAAUCUCUGAAACGUCUGGAGAUCAGCAGGAGCCGCUUAGGGGCAGGAGCCUGGCCAGAAAGUGGCAGUGUUCCCGAACGGAUGAGGAGAUCUCAGCAGUCACGGGGGUCACCAGAGGCAACCAGUCGGAGCAGAGCAGGGAUACAGCACUGCUGGCAAUACCAGGCAGCACGUUGAAGAGAAGCACCAUUUCAGGCCAGGAGGAAGGCAGCCAGUUAACCCGGCACUGCCCUAAUGAGGACCAACACCCUGGAGAUAGGCUGAACAGCCUCAGGACUCCGUCUCCGGCCUGUCCUCUCUCCUGUCAUCCGUUACCACCUCCUGCCACCCAGUCCGGCCUGGUGGAGAUCCCCCACGUCAUUGUGACAGAGCACGGGCAUGACGACAGCAGGGAGGCCAACGAUGACGGGAAUCCCAAUGGGCCCCGGGUUUUCACCCGCAAACUCUCCUCCUCGUCAGCCUCCUCUGCUGGCUUCUCCUCCUCCUGGGACGAGUCGGAGGAAGACAUCUCGAGUGACCCGGACAAAGGAGGGGAUGUCAGCUCAGCCUUUCUCCAGACCCUGGAGCAUCAGCCCAAACCCAGGGUGUACAACUACAAUCAAGCAUAGGCUGUAAAGAGCUUUGGGGUGCCCGAAGGUUGUGUUCGGUGUCAUAUGAAUGCACGUCUGUUCAUUUUAUUGAUUCUCAUUGUUUGUAUAGCCACAAAACCCUUAUUAAAAAUAAGAUAGUGGAGAGUUUGGAUGCAAAUAAAAUCAUAAAUGAUAGCCAGGGUGGGUUAUUGAUGGGGAAGUCUUGCCAAUUUAAUUUAUUGCUAUUUACUAAAACUGUAAGCAAGGAGGUAGAUAGGGGAAAGGCAUGUGGGUGCGGUGUACUUAGAUAACAGUAAGCCCCUUGAUAUUGUGGUUCUGGAAAGAAUAAACUGUGGAUGGAAAAUGAAAGGACCUGACCUGAUGAUAAAUUGUAGCUGUUGUAACAACACUAACUCAGAAGAGUAAAGCAAAUUAACUGUUGAGGUGUAUUAAAAGGUCAAUAUUGAACUAAAAUAAUGAGGUAAUGAUGCUGCUCUUUGCAUAAUGUCUGUUUGCCACAGUAGAUAAAGGAUAUUACAACUACUUGCAGAAGACAACAAACUAGAAUAAUGGAGGGUUUCAGAGCUUGAACUCAAAGGAUUGACAAAGUACUGUGGGCA